AAAUUAGGCGCACACUCACUAUUUUAAUUUAGUAUUCAUUCCCGCCGCUAUUUAUUUUGUAAACACGCAACUAAUAACCAUAGAUACCAGCAUACAGAUAAAAGUUGUACUGCCAACUUUAGAAUAAGACAGCAUUAAAGUGGUUACGAUUACGAUCAGGUUUAGCAGCGCUAGCGAUCAUAGUGAGAAAUAAUGAAAACGUCCGAAAGGAGAGAGCGAUUGCUUUAGCACCAAAUUUUUGCGAACUUCAGUGUUGGCUAACUUUCCUGUUAUUGGCGUCUUUGUUGACAUCAUAUAAUCUAUGGAAGUAUUCCGAAGGUGUUGUGUUUUUAAACGUAAAUGUUUAUUAUUGCGAAAGCGUAUUUCUGAAAACGAGACUGUUUUAAACAAUGGCGACGCGGGAAAAGAGAAGUGAAGUGUGGAAACAUUUUACUACAAGCCAAGAAGACGAUAGUAAAGCAAUAUGUUUAUAUUGUGGUGCUGUAAUAUCACGUGGUGGUUCUUGCCGAUCAAGCUACACAACCACCAACAUGUUGCAUCAUGUUAAGACACGGCAUCCCCAGCAAUUUGCAUUUGCAGAAAGUACAAGCCACAGGCGUGUUCUACUGAGAGGGAACAUUCGGUUGCUGGCCCUUCUCAGAAGAAAGUUAAAGUAAGUCUACUUCAACCAACACUGCAAGAUGUAGUCGAAAAGAAAUUACUGUACAAUUCCAAUGAUCCACGAGCUCAGGAAUUUACCACAUUGAUUGCUGAAAUGAUAUGUGUAGACAUACAACCAUAUGACAUUGUGAAUAAUGAUGGUUUUAGGCGUCUCAUGUCUAAAGCAGUUCCGAGAUACAACAUUCCUUCAAGGAAACACAUGGCAGAUACAGUAAUUCCAAAAAUGUAUGAGAAAGUGAAAAAUAAAGUUAGAGAGAGACUUUCUAAUCUUGACAAUGUUGCUGUCACAACAGAUUUGUGAACAAGUGAGGCUUCGUCUCAGAUGAAUGAUUUCAUUAGUGUCAGCCCAUGGAGCAGAGCUGUCUCAGAAGGUACAUUUCUGCCUUGAAGUUUUACCUUUUGAUGGUGAUUUGUACACUGCAGUAAACAUUGCAGACAAUCUCUUGCACAUAUUUGAAGACUGGGAGAUAGGCAAUAAAGUAUGUGCAGUUGUUACUGAUAAUGCAUCUAAUAUGAAAUGUGCCAUAAGAGAUCACCUCAAACUGCCUAAUAUUCCAUGCUUAGCUCACAGUGUUCAGCUUGUACUCAAAGAUGGGCUGCUGAAUCAACGUCCAGUUCGUGAACUGCUUGCGGCAUUCAGGAGCAUUGUAGGGCAUUUCAGUCAUUCAACAGCGGCCAAAAAAAUUCUUGUCGAUGCACAGAAAAAGGUAAACGAACCUCAGCACGUACUUAUUCAAGAUAUUGCGACACGAUGGGACUCUACUCUUCAUAUGUUACGACGUCUUGUAGAACAGCGUCUUUCCAUCACGGUUGCUCUCCAAAAUUGCUCGAAGUUUAGGUGUCAGAUUACAGCUGAAAAUUGGUUGCUUGCCGAGCAAUUAGUAGAUCUUCUUACAUACUUUGAAGAUGUGACCAAGACAGUCAGCAGUGAAAAAGCAUCUGUAGCAGAUGCUAUACCACUAGUCAACAGCCUAAAUCACAUGCUGGAAAUGAAGAUAAUGGAGGUUAAAGCCGUUAAAGGUGCCACUAAAUCUUUUGCAACCGAUUUGAAACAUUCACUCGGCUCACGUCUUGGUGAAUUGGAAAAGACUGAGAUUUUCCUAGUAGCUACGAUGCUUGAUCCUCGUUAUAAACACCAUCCAUUCCAAAAUCCUGACAGCAUUGAAACAGUGAAAAAUAGUUUGAAUGAUAGCAUGACACUGCAAAAAUGUGAUCAGACUUCUGAGUCAACUGGCACUUCUAGAUGUGCCAUUGCUUCACCUGGUCCUUCUGUGUAGCAGAUGUUCCAGAAAAUGGUUGAUAAGUCUAUAGCUGCUACAACAGCUUCAACUAGGGGUAAUGUAAUUUAAGAACUGGACAGUUACAUGAAGCAGCCAACAUUCGACCUAGGGACAGACCCGAUUGAAUUCUGGUUAAAAGAUGUAAAUUACCCACAUCUGAAGAAGGCAGCACUGAAAAAUCUUAUAAUACCCCUUGGAUCUGUGUGCUCAGAGAGAUUGUUUUCAUCAGCAGGAAACAUUCUCCAAGAGAAGCGCAACAUGAUGUUGCCUGAGAACUUAAGGUGAUUGGUGCACGGUAAAAAACGCUCACAGGCCCAAAAACAAUGAAUUUUGUAUCAUAUGACCACUAAAGUGUCUAGAUGCCUAUGUGGGUGACCGUUACUAUGUAGGGAGGUCAGGAGCUUAGUUCCAGCUCGUCAGUGGCGAGAUGGCCUUCAUACGGGAAGGGUGUCGCUGGUGGUCGCUCUGCGGCCUGCCAUCUAGCGGGAACUAACAAAACCUCGAAGGUUGUAUCUCGCUCUUCCUCUAACACACAGCCAAUAAGGUUCUAUCGUGCCCGGAGGAGGGGAAGGUUUUCUCUUUCACUCAUCCUUCGCCAUGGGGAGGCGGAAUGGAUUAUUUUUUGUCCGCAACUGCGCAGACGUCAUGUGGCCACUCCCGCACUCUUCUCACUCAACUCGUUCAUUCUCUCACACUAUUUCAAUAAAUCUUUUCAAAUCUUCAACAUCAAUACUUUAAACCAUUGCGCUUCCUACGGAUUAAUUAUAUUUCAUGCAAGUGCCCGAAUUCAGCUGCAAAAAAAUAAAACGUGUAGUCAAUUUUUUUCUUCAAAAACCUUCCCAAACACUGUGUGUUAAAAAACAUUCUGAAAGCCCAUUUUUCUAGAUAAAUGGAAAUUCUAAAUCACCUACGCCACAAGGAAACAUUGUGCUUUAAUAUUAUGUAAAGAAAACACCUCUUAGUUUUAUAGUUAUGUAAAGGUGGUGUGAUAUGUUUUAGAUGUUGCACCAUCUUAUCAUCCAUGUAGAAGAGUUACCCGAAAAGCUAACAAGACUAUUGCCAUGGAAAUGAAAUAUGGUUAAGGAAAUAUUUUUCAAAUGUUUGUAAACAGUAAACAACAUAUAAAAAAUCUUAUAACUGUAAAAUUAAAAUACAAACAACCCUAUAGCAAAUUUAAUUUCAAUAUGAAAAAGUCUACAAUAAUGUUUACAAGAAACGAAAUUGCAAUAGCAAUACAAAAAUAUCGCAAUUUUGUUACAUUGUUAAUAUAUAUAUUAUUUUUAAUAAAGGCAAUAAAAAUGACAUACUCAAUAUUUGGAAUACAAUAAAUACCUUAAGCCCUACAUGAUUGCUGCGAUAUUCACAAUAAAUGCUUUUCUUAAAUAUAGUAAUUAAAAAACAUCGUAAAUAAAUUAUGAACAUACAUAUUAUGGUGAAGGAAAGUGGACACUAUCACACUGAAAAAUCUUAGAGGGUAGUUUUCCUCAUCUUAUUUCUUUCUUUGCGUUUUUGGUCUUGUUCGUUAGAAUAUUUCAUGUUCAAAUACUUGAUACGCAUAUACGUUCUUGUCCUGACAAAACAGUACCAUAUAACUUCUUCUGGAUAUUUAUUUUCAGUAGUUCCGCAAAUAAUUUUAGUCAGUGAUUCAAAAAUCCGCUCUUUUUUGCACAAAUUUUUGCCAUGAAUAUUAUCAAAACACAUUUCAGCGAUCUUUAUUAAUUCAAAAAAUUCAUUAGUGGGACAUUUUAAGUUACCCUUUGAUUGUACAUGUAUCCAGCUAUCGUCCUCCGAAUUGAAAUCCGUAGUGCCAAGGUCAGGAUAUUUAUUUCUGAAACGGUGAGCUAUAUAGCCAGAAACAUAUUUCAGCCCUUCAAGAGAAAUUUCGUCACUUGAAAGGGGCCUGGCCUCUAAAUCUAAGUCUAUUUCUUCCAUGUCAACAAGAUCUAUUUCAUUUAAAGGUGAUUUCUCUUGAAAUGUCUUUGUAAAAUACAUUUCCUUGCACAAAAGUAGUUCUGUAAUUUCAUUCUGAUAAGCACUGUCCUGUUCCAUUUCAUUUGACGAAAAAUCACUUACCAAACACAUUUCGUCUGUCUUCUCAUCCGUGUUUUUCCGUUCAGCAAAAACUGCUGCAGAAUGUUUUCACAAUAUGUAGUUUAUAAUUCUGUAUUUAAAGUAAAUGGGCGACAGAUGUGUAUUUUAUUACAUGCUUUAUAUUAGCUUCACCUGUAUGUUUGUUUGUCUGUCCGUCUGUAACUCUUUCGACUAAGAGUGAGUGGCUCAUCACUGUAAAAUGUCCCACCAAUUUCAUCACGUUCGUUAGCCGAGUGGUCUAAGGCGCGGGACUUCCAGCUUUCAGAUUCAGCGAUCGUGAGUUCUACUCCCGGCCACGCCGGAAAAAAAAAUGUUUUGUUUUUUUCUGGUAAAUUCUAAGAUUAUAUCCAUACAUCUAACUGUAAAUGAUUCGGAGAGACUUUACCAUUUCUUUGUGACGUUGCAACUCCAAAUAGUUAUUUCAGAUGGUAAUAGGUAGUGUCUGUAACUCAUUUCCCUAUGAUAAUUAUACAUAAAUAUAGUUUAAAAAACUAAAAAAAACAUGCUUUUAAAGAAUAUCAAACUAAAAAGUUAAAAAUAAAUAUAGUUUAAAAAACUAAAGAAACAUGCUUUUAAAGAUUAUCAAACUAAAAAGUUAAAAAUAAUUUUAAAAUUUAAUUUAUGACAAUAGUAUAUAAGCAA